UUUCAAAACAAAAACAAAAAGAGUCAUCCUCCCGUUUACAAGAUUCGCAGAACAAAAGCUUAUUAAUAUAAUAUUAAUUUAAUAUAGUUUUCUUACCAAUUUAUGUUUAAAAAUUAAGUGUUACUUGUUAGGAAUAGUUAAAGUUUGUCUUACCGACAAUGGGAAACCUGUUUGGAAAAUCAUCCAGCAAGGCCAGCCGUGUUACCGAACAGGACAAAGCAGUUCUGCAAUUGAAACAACAAAGAGAUAAAUUGAAACAGUAUCAAAAGCGGAUAGAGCUUGAAUUGGAGAAAGAUCGCGAAAUGGCCAAGAAAUGUUUGGCAACUGGAAGAAAAGAACGCGCCAAAACGCUGCUACGCAAAAAGAAGUACCAGGAAAAACUUCUAUCGAAUACCGAUGCCCAGCUAGAAACAAUUGAAAAAUUGGCGGCCGAUAUCGAGUUUGCCCAAGUUGAGGCCCAAAUCGUGCAAGGUCUGAAGGCCGGUAACGAAGCCCUCAAAAAGGUCAAUGAAAUGCUAUCUAUCGAUGAGGUCGAACGAAUUAUGGACGAAACACGGGAAAGCAUCGAGAAGCAACAGGAAAUCGAUGCCCUCCUGAAUGGAGUAUUGACCGAAGAGGACGAGGACGAGGUGCUAGCCGAGCUGGAACAGCUGAUCGGAACCGGCGAAGCCUCAGCUGCCCCAGCCGAAGAAGAUUUACAGCUGCCCGAUGUCCCGCAGGAUGAACUCGUUCGGGAGAAGAAGCAGAAAGAAAAAAAAGCGGAGAAAGUUGCCCUGGAGGCGUAAGAUGAUGUUACCGACUUCAUAUAGCAGGCAAUUGGCAGAAACGGGCUAGAGCUUUAUCUGUGUGUGAUGCAAUGCUUUCGUGGUAAGUACGUUCCUUUUUAUCUAAAGGAGGUUGUCUAUAUUGUAUACAGUUUUAAAGAAUAUAAUUUUAUUCUAACAUCAUAA